AUGCUUUUGAAGAUAACAUAUAAAUUGGGGGCAACUCAGACUUAGAGUUUCAAUGAAUAGAGUUUCAAUCCGGAAGAUGAGUUUUCUGGCGGGAAGGUUAGCAGGGAAAGAAGCAGCCUUUUUCUUCCAGGAAUCCAAACAAGCCGUAGGAAAAUUAGCCGAAAAGAAGCGUCUUCCUAAGAGCAACGACAACCUUAACCUUCACGAAGGACAUGAACUUGAUCUUGCGGACGUGCUUCCCGAGGUUCUGAGGCACUCCCUUCCUUCCAAGGUGUUCAGAAACGACACUGCCACCUCUUCUUCCUUCUCUGCCUCCAAAUGGGUCCUUCCUUCUGACCCCAAAACCCAAUCUUCCGUAUCCCCCGACGCUCUCAAUCCUCUCCGUGCUUACCUUUCCCUACCCCAAGUCACCUUUGGCCCCAAAAGGUGGGAACCGCCUGAAGCAGCAAACAAGGUUUCAGCCUCAACGGCUAAUGAAUUGCGUCAUGACCGGUAUGCUAUCCAUGUUAACCCGGAGAAGUUAAAAGCUGCAGGCGAAGGGCUUGCACAUGUCGGAAAGGCAUUUGCUGUUGCCACUGCAAUUGUAUUUGGUGGAGCUGCAUUGGUACUCGGUAUGGUGACAUCCAAGUUAGAGCUGCAUAAUGUCGGUGACAUCAAAACUAAGGGAAAAGACUAUGUUGAGCCACAACUUGAGAAUAUUAAAGAGCAAUUUAUUCCCUUCAAAAUAUGGGCUGAGAAUAUGUCAAGAAAGUGGCAUAUGGAAAAGAAAGAUGUUGAGCAGAACACUCUUGUAAAGGAGCUAUCUAAAAUGUGGGGUGCAAAAACAACAGAUUGAGAUUUACAAAUUUAUUUGUUUUCCUUUUACUUCAGUUGCUUUGGAAAUUAUGUCAUGGGCAACAAAACAUAGAUAAAUUGGAUGUAGUAUGCCUCUGGCUGUUGUGACUGUAAAUGUUGAAGCAUGCCAGAGGGUAAGAAUAAGGAAAAUGAUAUUUGUAUAACAAAAUAAUAUAAUGAUUUACAACUUGUUUUA